CAUCCUUCUCGCUGCGAUUAAAAAAAGCAGUCGAACUGCAGAGGAACCCCCUCCCUUAGUGGGGCGGAGCUUCAAGUCGCAGCGAAUCAGCGUGACCAACCCUCUGGGUGAGUUGCGACUAACAGGGAGUCGAGGGUUUCAAUUAUUACCCUCUGCGAGUUAGUGUCAAUCUUUAGAUGCGUCCGUCAGGAUCUCCAAGCAGAAGUGCACCCUUGGCUCAGCUCUCACACAGGCCGGAACCCUGAUCUUGGCUGCAAUGAACAACAUGAACAACGCUGACUACAAUCACAACAACCAGGUCAAUAGACGGACAACACCAACUACAUCAAGUCGGAUUUUGAAAGGCGUCAAAUGCAGGGCCUGCGGAGACGAAUCUUCAGGCAAACACUACGGCAUUUACACUUGUGAUGGGUGUGCUGGAUUUUUCAAAAGGUCCAUUCGCCAAAAUCGGCUUUACCCAUGCAAGGCGAAGAAUCCGGGAAACUGUCUUGUCGACAAGACACAUAGAAACCAGUGCAGGUCUUGCAGGCUUGCCAAAUGUAUUGCUGCCGGCAUGAAUAAGGACUCCGUGCAGAGCGAGCGUGGACCGCGUUCGGACACGCGUCGGCGUCAGUUGGAGCACAGCCACACUUCACUGUCUCCCCAGCCGUCGGUGACGGCGUCGUCGCCAGCUGAGAGCCCACGGCCGAUCAUGCAGCAAAUGGGCUUAAGCCUGGCGAUUCAGACGUACAUGAACCAAGACUACACGAACCGGAUCAGCAGAAUAAGGAGCGACACAGCCGUAAGAUUGCUGGUCGAGAACAUGGUCUGGGCCUUGCGCCAAACUGAGUUCACUAUGAUCCCACCCACGGAUCAGCUUCAGCUACUCAAGCUCCGCUGGAAGAACAUGUUCGCCCUGUCCGUGUUAGAACUGCCGUUUCAUGAUAUCGUCUCGACUUUCCUUCACGCCUCCAUCAACCCAUCGUCCGACGCAGCCAAAAUUUCCACUGAUAUCUAUCUCAUGCAAAUGAAAUAUCAGCAACAUCUUCUCGUGACACCCCUGGAGUUUGCCUACUAUAAGGCGCUCAGCUUGUUCAACACAGCCGAAAGCGCGCUGAGUAACAAGGAUUCCAUCAGGGUUGCCAAGGAUCUGCUGUGCAAAAAGCUGUUGUUCUUGUUGGUUGGCUCGAUUGGGUCUAACAACAGCAGACAUUCAGCUCUGCUGCAUGAUCUGGAAGAAACAUUCACAUUUUUCGAUCGUCACGCGGAAGAACUGUUCUUUCACAACAAGUUUGGGUCAACCUCCGUGGAGGAUGUCAUCGAAUCGUUCUACAGGUCAAUGGUUGGAGUGCCCUAUGACCUGCAAGACAUGCGCGGGUCUACAAAUUCUCCUUAAUUGAAAAUUAACAUUGUCAGCCUCUAUCAAUAGGGAUUGUCAAUGGCGAUUUCAUGUUCUGAAGGAAUACUCUGUUGCUUUUUACAAUGAAUUAACAAAUCGAGAUUUUUUUAUUGCAGUAUUUUUUAGUAAAACGUAGAAGAAUAUGGCGGGGGGUCCAGAUGUGCAAUAAAAUGUGUUCCCACUGCGCAGAUCCAAGAUGGCGUAUGAAUGUGGGAGGCUCUCUUUGGAUUUCCGUAUGAGUGUCAGGAGUUUGUUUUUACGAUCCAAAAGACACAAUUAGUACGAUUAAUGCAAAUUAUAUCACAAUAUUGACGAAAACUAAAUUCUUUUCGCGUUUCGCGCGACCGCUUUUUCGCGCCAUACAUACCCUACUGGACGCCAUAUCUACGCGUCUGACCCCCGCUGGAAUAUGGGACAAUAAUAGAUGACGUAAGACGGGAAGAAACGAGUGCACUCGUGUGGGUUUCUCUUGUAAUGACUUGUACAUAUCGUCCUGGUCCCGGCAAAAUUUCGCAACGUUCAACACCCAAAUUUUCAUUGUCGAAUUGAUUGUUGACCUUUUCUUGCAACAAGGAAAUUCGUGUUUGGCUGUUGAAAGUUAACGCAAUUUUGCCGGGGCCAGGACGAAUAUAAUUUGCAUAGUAUAUGCAAUUCCAUUAUUUUAAUGUGACGACUCAAAUAAUAUUUUAAUUUAUAUAAAUCAUAAAAUAUCGGUAUUUUUGAAUUGCAUAAUACGUUGCAUAAACGUAUGAACAGCAAUAAACUUUGAAUGUCUCGAUCUAUUGGCACGAUGAGAGCAUGACAAACUUUAAUGAUAUAAAAAUGAACGCACCAGUGCCUUGCCCAAAGAAAAACAUUUAGCAACUUUAUGCUUAAGAAUUAUGUAACACAAUCUUAUAAAUGCUUUUAAAAUCCGCAAUUUAUAAGGGUAGAAGUUUGUGCUCCCGAACAUACUGUUACAAUCACUUGUAAUAAAGGCAAUAGCAGAAUUGGCAAGUAUGUAAAUUGUGUAAAGCCUGUUGGCUCGCAUUGUCAAGGCACUCUCAGGAGUGUCAAAGCAAUGGGAGGUAUUUGAGCAGUUCGGAGAUCUAAUACUGGCUACCCAAUGUCAUAGAUGGCAAAAAGUGGCUAGUUUAGUGACUCGAAAUGCUCAAACUGCUCAACAGGCUGGGAGGUGCACCGGCGCCAACUCGCUAUACUUGCUGAUUUGCACCCUUCCAGCAUGCGUGAUUUGGCUUCACGGGACAAAUGUCUAGCAUUUCAAUGCAGUCCUCGGUGCAGAGGCAAGUGGCCCUUGAGUGGGCUGUGUCCCUGCGCGGCCUGGUGCGCCCAUGUUAUCCGUUCGCGGUGUUAUUGGGACCCGGGUUUCAGCAUUCGUGCUAGUGCAGUGCGCGCCCUUCCCGGUCCUCGGACAGGGAUAAAAAGAGCAAA